AUGAAGGUCAUUACGGCCAAUUUCGUGACCUGCUCGGUCAAAGAAUGCAAGACAUCUCCGAGCGCCUUCCCACUUCACUUCCAUGAUGCCGAGCUCGAAAUGCAGGAGUUGGAUUUCCAACCAGAGUUCAUCCGCAAUGUCCUUCCCCGCAUCGACUGGGAAGCUCUUCGUGUCACUGCAAAUGAGCUGGGAUUCCCAAGUCUUCCGGAAUCGAAACCAGAGGGUGAGGCACUCGAUGAUGAACAGACACUGAAGGAUCUCCACCGACUAUUAUUGGAAACCCAGGUUAUGGAAGGCAGGUUGAUCUGUGGCAACUGCAGCCAUGAAUAUGUGCUCAAGGAGGGAAUUGCAAACUUCCUGCUUCCAAGUCAUCUGGUUUGA